AUGUUCAACUGUUUGAGUAAAAAAAAAGUGAUACUAAUAAAUAACAUAAAAAAAAAUAGCUUGAUUUUUCUGAACAGAAAUUAUGUGAAUAAUUUAAUAUAUACAAAGGAAGAUGAUAUAUAUAAAAUUAAUGGGUUGCUUGAAUACAACUUGAGUAGUAAUAACAAGAAUAGAAAUGACAAUUUGUAUGAUGGGAAUAGCAUUAUUUCGAAUAGUAAUUACGAAAAUGAUAACUCUUUAGGUAAUAGCGAAAAAGACAACAGAUUAGUAAAUUGUGUAUAUAAUUAUCCAAAUGAUGAGAGGUUAGAUAUUUAUGGAAAAAUUAAUGAAAAAUUUUUAUCGUCUGAUUUUGAGUUACAAUUAUAUAAAAAUGGAUGUAAGAUACCUAUAUAUUGGAUUAAAAAAUUAGAAAAAUUAAAAAACAUAAAUGCUAUAAACUGUUUAGAGUAUUUAAAGGAUGACAAUUUGCUAUAUUUUGAUAAUUACAAAAAUAAAGGAUUAUUAAAAUUUUUAAAUGAUGAAAAACGGAAAUAUAAUAAUUGUAUUAUUUUAUCAAGAGUUGGAGACUUUUAUGAAACGUAUGGACUUGACUCCAUUUUUUUAAUUGAAUUUUUGAAUAUCAAAAAGAUGAACAAUAAAUUGUCUUGUGGUUUUAUAAAAAGUAGUAUUAAUAAAGCAUUACAUAUAUUAACAAAUAACAAUUUAAAUGUAUGUAUAUAUGAAGAAUUAAAUGAAAAAUCUUUAAAAAUGAAAAAAAGGUAUUUAUCUCAAAUUGUUACCCCAGAAUUGCCCAUCUACUUGAACAAUAUACAGUACUGUAGUAGUACAAACGAGGAUAUAAGUAACAAAGAAGAAGGAGAAGACGAAAAUAAGAAUAGUAAUGCUUUUUUUAAUUCAUGCGAUAUAGAUGAUUAUUUUGUUAUAAAAGAGAUUAUAUGUAUAUAUAUCGAGAGUAAAAAUAUCUUCUCAUUAAGUAAAAUUAAUUUAAGUCUGAAAACUAUUUCUAUUUAUGAUCAAAUCACAUUUGAUGUUUUAAAUAUUUACUUAAAAAAUACUAAUUUUUUAAAGGUAUAUAUACAUCAGCAUAAUAACACCUCUUUCACAAAAAAAAUAAUUCAGUUGUUUAGAAUAGAGAACUAUUACUUGUUUAACAACUUUAGUAAUAGCUUGCAGUUUCAUAUGUUCAUUCUAGAAAAGCUAAAGGAGCAAAUUAACAUUAGAGGUUUAUUCAGACUCAUUAAGAAUAAAAACGUUUUUCAGGUGGAAACAGCAUCGUCGAUGGUUGGCAGAAAGGCGAGCAUUGACGUGUCUACGAAUCAGGAGAAGGGUGGAAGGGUGGCAGAUAUGGAAAACUUUAGCAGCGCUGCUAAUAGGGAAAAUGUUGAUAGACGGAGGGACGAAUUGGAAGAGAACUACAAGUUGGAAAACAACUUUGACUACGCAUUUUACUCGUACUGCACACCAUUAAACAUAUUUACAAGCUAUAAUAUGGGUAUAUACAAACAAAAUAAUUACUAUGAAAAUAGAAAUAAUUAUUUAUUUUAUAAUAUAAUAGACGUAAAUAAUAGCGAUUCGAACAGUAUUAACAUUGCUGAAUCGUUAGAUUUUUUUAAAAAUUUAUUUCUUUUUUACCCUACAUUUGAGAUUACGAAGCAUAUACGAUAUAUAAAUGAAUAUAUCAGAAAAAACUUAGAAAAUUUAAUUGUACCGAAUGUAAGGCCUUUUAGAAAUAAUAUCGUGAUAACUCUUUUGUCUAAUUUAAAAGCUGAUCAUCAUGUUUUAAAAAAAAUUUAUACAAAUAUUGAAGGGGUACUUAAAUGUAUUAACAAUUACGAUUUCUCUCUUUUAACAUCCAUCUUUCACGUUCUGAAUCAUCAGAAUUCGUUCAAAUUAAACAUUUUAAAAUUUUAUGGUCUUUUAACAAAUAUUCGAGAAAUUUUACAAACUAAUUUAGAGAUGUGUCCCUGCAAAUUUUCUUAUUCUUCAGACAUACGUGCAUUCAACGAGUUUGUGUAUUAUCAUGAAAAUGAGGUAUAUAAUAUACUUAACGAAAAAUUGUUAACAGGUGAAAACAAAGAUAUUGAACGGAAUAGAAGAGAACUAUUAGAGGCUGUUUUGUCGAACUAUGGAGAAUAUGAUGAAAAUAAAAAAAGCUAUAAUUUAGACCUCUUAAAUAAACUAUUAAAAUUUGACAAUACAAAUGAUAUUAUUGGAAUAAAAAAAAAAAAAAUAAAUAAUGAAAAAAUUCUAAAUUUUUUUCACCCCUUAAACAAAAAAUCUGAUGUAAUGAAAAAUAUUUUUGUUACUGAAAAUGUGCAAAAUAAAGUUAAACAUUAUAUCUCAUCUAUUGAUAGAAAAAAGAAAAAAAUUAACGAACUGAUUAGAAGGAUUAAUGGACAGUUAUCUUCGUCUGUCCACAUCCUUUCAUUUGUGUCAAACUUUCUGCAGAUACUUCAGGCCCUAUGGAACCACACAUCAAACAGCAUAAAGCGAGGGUGGAAUCUGCCAGUCUGCAAGCACUUAGUUGUAACGUACGAACAGAAGAGCUUCAAAAAUAUUGAUGAAAAGCUAUUAUAUAUACAGCAACUUAUGUAUAACGAAAAUGAAAACAUAUCAAAUAAAAGGAACACUGAUGGAAAGAGCGAGUAUUUAUCAUCAAGUAGACAAGUAGAAAAGAAUUCGUCUAAUAGCAUAUCACAUGAAGAUUUCAUAAAAUUGACAGAAGAAGAUGAAAAGAAUAUAUUAGAGAAUGUUGAUAAAGAUUCAGUAGAAGAGAUAAAAAAAAUAUAUAAGGAAAAAUUCUAUGCGAAUGAUUCUCUGACCUAUAUUUUAGGAGCAAAACCUUAUAAUUUAAAUAAACAAAAUUUAGUUAAAUAUGAUAUUUUUUUUAAAAAAAGAAAUUUUAUUUUACUGACAGGAAAAAAUAUGAGUGGAAAAACAACUUUAUCCUUUACCAUUUUAUGUAUUCUAUUUUUGGCAAAUCUAGGUAUGUAUGCCCCUUGUGAUGAAAAAAGUAUUAUAUCAAAGUUUCGAGAGUUCUAUAGCCUAAAAAAUGUAAAUUACCAAGAACAAAUUGAAAACAUGUCCUUGUUUAGAGAACAGGCUUAUUACAUAAAUUCUAUUAUAGAAGAGAUAAAAGAAAAUUACUGCAUUGAUAAUAAGCACUUACGGAAUAAUGAAAUUUUUAUUCUUUUUGAUGAGCCUUGUAUAGCUACGACACCUGUUGAUAAUGCAAUAAUUAUCAGUGCCAUUUCAGACUACUUAAAGGAGUAUUGUGGAAUUAUAAUCACUCAUAACUAUGACUUACUAAAAAAAAUUUGCCAAAGCAAAAACAUUAUUUUUAAAAGAAUUAAUGAGAAUAUUAAUUAUUUAAAGAGACAAGAGGGCGAACGGGCUGCUAAACUAGAGAGAGGAAUUUGCAAAAACAGCGAAGCUUUAGAAACAUGUAGACACACAAAUAUAGAUAGCAAAGUGCUAGAGUUGUUAAAUGCAUAUGAAAAGAGAUAUAAAUUUAUUCAUAAUCUGAGUAAUCUUUUGUAUUACAAGUUUUUGGAUUACUUAAAGAAUACGAAGGAUAAAAAAAAGACUUUAAAUAAUUUUUUUGAAAAUUUUGUCAACUAUGGUUAUGAUAAAAGUAAUAGCGUGGAAGAGCAGUGUAUGCAUGUUGCUGCUGGUCAUGCUGCUCAGGAUGAUGGUGAUAAUUUUGAAUUAAUGCAGAAUGAAGAUAUGAGAGAGAUAAUGAAGGAGUACUCAUUAGAAGGAGAUAUAUUAAAUAAAGAGGGCGAUGUAAUUAAAAAAAAAAAUUACAUAAGGAAGAACAGUAAGGAAAAAACUAAUGUCAGCAAUUUGAAGAACUAUGAUAUGGAAGUCAGCAGGAAUGAUGAUGCAUGUCAAUUGAGGAAAGAUAGAACUAACGCAGUUUUAGGGGAAGCAGUGCCUGAAUAUUACGAAAAUUGUGAAAAUCAUGAAAAAGAAUUAAAUAUAGCAAUUGAAAAAAUUGAACGUGCUGCAAAUAGAAAAGUCGUUAAGAUAGGCAUGAAUGAGGAUAUUCCUAUUUCUUUUAAAAACAAAAGCAUAGUUUAUAUUUUAUGCAUUUUUGCAAAAAAUAAAAACAAGCCAUAUUUUUACAUAGGUAUAAGUGAUAACAUUUCGGAGAGAAUAAAAUGUCACACGAGAAAUUUAUUAAACAGUAAAAAUCUUUUAAAAAAUGAAAAAAGAAAUAAUAUUCUAAAUUAUAAAUAUGACAUGAAUGUUUUUUAUACAUUGAUAUUUCAAGUAGAUAAUAAAAUGCUUGCUUCCAAAUAUGAAAAAGAACUAUCUGACUUGUUGAAGAGAAACUAUGAUAUUAUUUCCAAGUGA